AUGGCCGAAUUGCACCUGAUAGGCACGAUCGCGUCGUCGAGAAACUUUCCCCAGCCUCGUUUAUUCUGCAAAUGGAGCUGCUCCACAGAUAGCGGAUGGAAGAUAAUUAACGGCAGUGCCGAGGGACAGACGCAGGAGUGCUUCGACGCGUACGCCAACGAGCCGGUCUGGGAUCAUCCGAUCGACGUGCACUUUGCCACGCAGACGCUUCAGGGCUCGCCUAAGAUUUUGCUGCAAGUUUUUUGCCGGGACAGUUACAACAGGAUCCUGUUUGUCGCCUACGGUGUCUGUACUGUACCUCUAAAGCCCGGCUUUCAUUCCCUCGAGUGCCACACUUGGAAACCCAUUGGCGAUUGGCAGGACAGGCUGAAGGAUAAAUUUUUAGGCACGACUCUGCAGUUGAAAUCACCGGACGUUUUGGUCAAUGGAGAUGACAGAUUCGAAUUGCUCACCGAAAGCAUGGGCACCGUUAAAAUAGAUCUUUACGUGCUCGUUAGGAAUUUCGACAAGUUUGCGAUAUUUGGGGACGAGGCAGGAGAUACGAAUGACGAUUCUUGCUCGAACGGUACCAUUUGCGCGAAUGCUACGGUUUCAGCUAAUCCUAUGAAAAAUGGAAAUAAUAACGGGAAUGGCGACGAAGAUGACUUGGACGAUGUAAAUAUUGAAGAAUUAACCAAAGGUAUUUUUAAUUUUCCUGGAAGUACAAAAACUACCACGCAAAAGCCGGUUUCUGUAACCACCGAUAGUAGCCCUGUAAAUAAAAAGAAUGCGGAACCAAGUAAUAAUAACGAUUCACCGAAACUUCAAAAAGCACUGGAAGAGAGGUCAAAAGAAAAAUUUUGCAAUUGUGAUUUAACUAUUGAUGUUUGUGACAUAAACUGUUGUUGUGACUUAGAUUGUAAAGAUUUUCAUCUUAAAACUUUUUCUCACUGUGUUGAUCGUGAUAUUAAUAAGGAAAAAGAUAUGUGGUCCUGCCAUCAGAAACCUUUUUUCAGGCAUAACGAAACGAGAUUUAUCUUGGAAAAAGUUAUCGAUAGUUUAUUUUGUAUAGCAUCUGAUAAUCUUCCGCCAAUGUACAGCUUGACCAGCCAUUUGAAAAUUGACGAUGAAAAAAGUUUAAGAAAUGUUAUAACUAAUAAUAGACCAUCUGAAUUUAAAUGGAAACUUGAGACUAAAAAAAUUGUCAAUCAAGAAUUCAAUUUUUCAAAUGUGUUCAGACAUGGAGAUACGAUAUGGAAGAUUGACAAAAGCUCUUUGCUACCGUUCGAGCUCCCACAAGCUGGUUUCGGAAGAGGAUGCAAUUUUAAAAAGACUGUGAAAUAUCUUGAAGACUGGCAAACAUCUUGUCAUCAAACUAAUCUCAACAAUGACAAUCUAUUUCUUUUUCCAAUUAAUUUUGGCAAUUUCUCUGUCGUAGCUCUACCUUCAAAGUUUAACACUCAGUAUUUAUCACAAGAUUGUCCUAACAACGUCUGUCGCUCUACUAAUGUGUUUUACUGUUCUGAAUCUUUUAAACUUUGUAAAACGAACAUGACCUUCAAAGGAUUCUGCCGAGAAAAUGUGUGCAAUAAUGUAGUAAAAAAAGUAAGAUACACAUUUUAUCACAGUGGAAGUGACGGUAUUCAACAUAUUGAGGCUCAUGUACAUCUAGCAAACGUAUCUGCUGAUUUUAAACAAGACUUUCAAGUGUUGUAUAAAUGGUUUGGACUCAACAACUCGUUUAUUUUCGAAAGAAGCGGAAAUCCUGGUUAUAUUGAGGGAAAACCAAUAUUUGUUGGAACCCAAAUGGAAAAUAAAACGGAUGAUACAGUCGUAAAGUAUAUAGUUUUCAACACAACUCAUCCUCACUUAACUUUGCCAAUGGCAGAUAGAAACGGCGUGUGUAACGAAGUUAAGCGAUAUUCGGUGAAAUUUUUAGAAAAUGUUAAAUUGAAGUGUUCCAUUACUGUCAAAACUAGCAAUUUUUCGACAACAACUUGCAUCAAGCUGCAAAAUCGUACGUUUGAAACACUUGUCAACUUCAUGAUGAUGAAAAAUUUUGACAAGAUAAAUUUAAAUAGACAAUUCAUUUCAAAAUCGGGUAAUGCCACGGAUAGUAAUAUCGACAGCUGGGCCAAAAUGUUUUUUGAGAAAAUUCCUCAAAACGUAAUAACUGCUCAGAUAAUAAAUAACGAGAUCCAGUGUUCAGGAUUGGUGACUUCGGUUGCGUUUGACAUAGUACAUUCAUUAAUAUCCAAACCAGGUACGAAUAAUAACCACGUGAUUUUGGGUAUAGGUGUGACAUUUUCGCAAGAAGUCGAUCUAAAAUGGACAAAAUGUACUUCGUACAAUAGUAAAAACUGCAUCGACACAUUGCAAUUGGAUUUGGUCAAUUAUGCAUCAUUUCAUGAUGUUUCCAAGCCUACAAGGUAUUAUAUUGCUGGUGGACCUAAUUUAGAUAUAAGUUUACCUUAUGACUUUUUCUAUCCGUUUUUAAGUCAAUCGAAAUCGUACCUUAUUUCCUCUCCUCUCAACCCCUCACAAUGGUGA